AACCAAUAGCUUUCUCUUUUUACACUUUUGCACACAAAUUUCCAUAUUUGUCUAUUUUAUAUAUAUAUAUAUAUUGCAUUUUUGUGUGUAUAUAUAUAUAUUGAAUUGAUUUGAGGCUGUGGGGGAAUCGAAGAGGGUAAGAAUUCGGUUCCGAAAUUUCGGUGAAGUCGGAAGCGGGGAGGAGAGACUGAGAGAGGGGGGAGAUUUUUUAUAUUGGGAUAAAUUUUUUUGGUUUGGUAUUGAUAUUGGUGGAUGCCAUGGCGGCGGGGGCAACUGAUCGAGCGCGGCCGGUGGUGGUGCCAACGGCGGCGGCUGUGACGGUGACGGACCCAAUGGGGAAGGAAGCGGUGUUGGCGUGGUUCAGAGGCGAGUUCGCGGCGGCGAACGCGAUUAUUGAUGCGCUGUGUGGACAUCUGGCGCAGGUGAGUGACGAUGGAGGAUCGGAGUACGAAUCAGUGUUCGCUGCGAUUCAUAGACGGCGGCUGAAUUGGAUUCCGGUCCUGCAAAUGCAGAAGUAUCAUCCGAUCGCUGACGUUGCCUUGGAGCUGCGGAAAGUGACGGCGGAGAAGAAGAGAAAGAAGAAGAAUCAGGACGAGGAAGAGGAGGAGGAGAAAGGAGGCGAUGAGGCGGCGGUAGUGGUGGUCGAGGACGACGGCGAUGGCGACGGCGAUGUCGAAAUGGAGGAAAAGAAGAAGGAGAUUAAGAAAAUGAAGGAAGAGGAGGAAAACGACGGAAAGAUUUGUUCGGAUGAGAAGGAAAUCGUCGAAGAGACGUCGAUCGAGAUUAACGAAACCGAUGGCGGAAGAAAUGAAGCUGUUCUGGAUCCAAUCGAAGAGGAGGAUUCAAUUCGAAGCGAAAUAACUGAUUCAGGAUCUCAUCAAGGAGUGCACCCCACUUCAGCAGAAGUUGAGAUAUGCAGUAAUCAUGGGGAGUGUGAAGCACGUCCAGGACAGAUGAAAUUGACAAAAGGUUUUUCCGCCAAGGAGCCAGUAAAAGGGCACAUGGUGAAUGUUGUGAAGGGAUUGAAGUGUUAUGAAGACGUUUUUACUGAGUCUGAAUUGGCUAAGUUGGAUGGGUUUGUUGAUGAUCUUCGCUCUGCUGCUAAGAAUGGAGAGCUCUCUGGAGAGUCAUUUGUUUUAUUCAAUCAGCAAGUGAAGGGCAAACGACGAGAGAUGAUCCAGCUUGGUGUCCCCAUUUUUGGACAGAUAAGAGAGGAAUCGGCCAAUAACAACCAAACAAGUAACAUCGAGCCAAUUCCACCUCUUCUUAUGACGGUGAUAGAUCAUCUUAUUCAGUGGCAACUGAUUCCCGAGUAUAAAAGACCAAAUGGGUGUCUCGUUAAUUUCUUUGAAGAGGGAGAGUACUCACAGCCAUUCCAGAAACCUCCACACUUGGAACAGCCCAUUUCCACUCUGUUUCUCUCUGAAUCAACCAUGGCUUUUGGGCGUUCUAUUGUCAGUGAUAACGAAGGCAACUACAAGGGGCCACUCAUGCUGUCCUUGAAGGAAGGGUCUCUUUUGGUCAUGAGGGGGAACAGUGCAGACGUUGCACGUCAUGUCAUGUGUGCAUCGCCUAACAAAAGGGUCACCAUCACGUUCUUUCGAGUUCGACCAGACUGUGAUCAAUACCAACCACCGACCUCUCAGAUGUCGAACGCGAUGACUCUCUGGCAACCAGGAGUUGCAGGUGCAUGUGCCUUGCCUAAUGGAGUGCCCUACGCCUAUGAAGCAAUGGAGGUAGUGCCAAAAUGGGGGAUUCUCCGUGCACCUGUUGUCAUGUUAGCUCCUGUCCGCCCUGUGGUGAUGAGCCCUGGAAGAUCUCAACGUGAUGGCACUGGAGUGUUCUUACCAUGGGCUGUUAAUUCAAGAAAACCAGCCAAACAUCUUCCUCCUCGUGCUCGAAAAGGGCGGUUCCUGGCACUAUCUUCCCCUGUCGAAACUCGUCUACCAGAUUCAUCUCAGGAGCAGCCAGGCAUAAGUGUUUGAGUUUAAAAUCAGGCUGUGGCGAUUCCGAAGUCGAACCAACACGACUCGACUCGACUAAGUAGUGUUCUUGUCCUUUUACAGAUCUAAGUGAGUUUUUCCCAUUCCAUUCCAUCCCCACUCCCCACUCCCUACACCACAAAACCACUUAUUUAUUUGGAUUUCAUGUUCUUAGGUUUUUUUUUUUCCUUAGAAGUUGAGGUUCAAGUUUGAUGAGUAAACUAGAGGAGUUAGGUUUGAAUUUUGUAUUUACUUGUAUUUAAAUCUUUCCUUUUCCUUCUAGAGAUAAAACUUGAACGUACUUCUGCUGCCCUUA